AUGCGAUAUAUUACUAAUCGAUCUGGCACUGUAUCAUUGUUAACUGCUUCUUUCUUUGCUGGUUGUUUAGCUGACAAAUAUAUACUGAAACGAGCUAAUGCUGCCACUGCUCAGUUGCCGGCAACUGCAGUGCAGCCUCACAUUUUAACCGGACCCACCUCAACCUUGGAUAUUGAUCAUGUAAAAGAGCAACCAUCUCGUGCAUCCCAAAUAAUGCGAUAUGGAUAUCCCGGUUUUGAUAACUUACGUACUUUCGAAGAUUAUGUUUUAUCGUACGACCGUCGAAAUAGAAUUGCUCAUUGGGUUGUUGAACAUCUAAGUUCAGAUAGGCUAGUGUAUAAUUCAUCUGUCGACCGUUCGAAAUGUCAAUUUCGCGAGGACCCAUCCAUUCAUCCUUAUUUCAAAUCAACAAAUGAUGACUAUAAGGGUAGUGGAUAUGAUCGUGGUCAUUUAGCUGCAGCUGGUAAUCAUCGGCGAUCACAAACUGCAAUCGAUCAAACUUUCUUGUUGAGUAAUAUGGCACCUCAAGUUGGAAAAGGAUUUAAUAGGGACAAAUGGAAUGAAUUGGAGAAACAUGUCAGGAAGCUUGCAAGGAAGAACAAAAAUGUAUACGUUUGUACGGGUCCAUUAUUUUUGCCGAAAUUAGAACAAGAUGGCUCUUUGUACAUCAAGUAUAAAAUUGUUGGUCGAAAUAAUAUUGCUGUACCGACACAUUUCUUUAAAGUUGUACUCGUGGAACUUAUGAAUGGCAAAUUCGAACUAGAAGCAUAUAUUUUGCCAAAUUCAGUAAUACCUGAUGAUAUACCUUUGACUUCUUUUAUGGUACCGUUGGAUAGUAUUGAGCGUUCUGCUGGAUUUCUAAUUUUUGAUAAAUUACCAAAGAAUGCUUUAAAUAAGGUUAAUGGAAAAUCAGGCAAAAUGUUAUGGUGA